GAGCUUCAGAAGACUGAGGGAUGCAGCGGCCUGGGCUUUGUGCUAUUCAGCUCCAUGUCCAAAGGCUUCGAUGCCGCAGAUCCGGAGACAGACCUGGCGACCUUGUACCGCUUCGGGGCUUCGAACGCGGAGGUGGUGAAGACAGGAGUCCUGAAGGACGUCAACCAGAGAUGCCAGGAGCUGGAUCAGGAGUUGGCCAAGGCCAUCUCGGAAGGCCGAGUUGAGGGCCUGAUCUGCAUCUCCUGCGACGUGGACCUCCACACGGCCACGCUGGAAGCUGCGGCUCGGCGCAAGGACUUCCCUGUCACGGGUAGUGGGGGCUCUAGCCUCAGCGCCGCCUCAAGCCGGUUCGGCAUCCAGCUGGUGGGAAACGCGGGAGGCUCGGUGGCCACCACCUCCUACACCCGCGCGGUGUCCUACACCUACGCCUUGGCCACGGCCUGGUCGAAGCCCUACCGCCCCUUCGGUUCGCCGAGGCGAGAGAGCCCACCCGCCUGGACCAGCAUUUUGAACGCCUCGCUGCCGGCCUUUUGGGCCGUGAUGCUGACCUGCCGCUGCAUCGAGUCGCUGCCGGAAUUGGAGGGGCUUCGGCUGGCAGAACUGUUGGUGCUGCUUCGAACUGUGGCGCUGCCGGCCGUGUGCUGCGUGGUCACCGCCAGCUCUCUGGCGCCGCAGCACGAGUCUACGGCGCUCAUGGCGGCGGCGGUGGCGUCUAUGGCGUGCCGGAGCUCCAUCCUGGCAGGAUUGCUGGCUGGCUGGAUGGUGGCCAUGUCUCUUGACCGCGUCUUGUUCCGCUGCAUCGUUUGGAAUGUGCCAGCCACCUUUACGAACCUGGUGGUGGCAGGGGGACUGGGCGCGGCAGUGGCCUGCCUGGUGGCUCCCUGCGCGCCGUUGCUGCGCGAAGUGGCCGUGUGGAUCCGCUGGGCUGCGCAUUGGCCUCUGGCCGGGCAAGUGCCGGGUGCAGGGCUCUUGCUGGGCGCGGUCUUCUGCUGGGGCAGCAAGGUGGGGUACUACCACUCCGUUGCGUUGCCUCUGAUCUUGCUGGAGAUGGAGCUGGGCAACGCCAGUCUGUGGGGCGCCGUGGAUGAGGCAUGCCUCGUCUUGGUCUGCGCCGGCAUUUGCAGCGCCAAUCUCUUGGUGCCGCUCGACGAGGAGUCGAAAUCCCUCUGCCGCAGGGGCCUUCGGAUCAACCUCCUCUACGGGGACUUUAUCGAAGUGGCGUAUCCCUUCAUGGAGCAGAGCCCCAUCGUCAACGUUGCGGGCUACGUGGCCAGCGGUGUGGCCACCGAGCUGCUGGCUGGGGACACGCAGAGCGUCAUGAGUAGCGCCUAUCUGCCGCUGCCGGUGUCUUUGUGGCUGGCCCAAGACCGCGGGAAGCUGGCGAUUGCGUACCUGGCGGCAUAUGUGAUAUCUUUCCUGGGCGCAGCAAGGGACGGAGAUCAGCUGGAGAGCCUCUGCCUCAGCUGA